AUGUCCCCAGGACCAGUCUUGAGCCCCAACCAUGUCCCCAAGGUGGCCACGAACCCUGAAGGCAUCCCCGAGACAGUCAUGAACCCAGACACGCCGCAGGCGAAGAGCACAGAGGAAGGCCUGCAGAACGUGGAUGAUGUGGUGGGACGAUACCACCACUGCUGCCUCUGGUGGGUCGCACCAUGGCUGCCCAUCCUCCGCCUCUUCCACCCGGACACCCUCCGGCCUGUGCUCCUGGCCUCAGCCUUCAUCGCCCCCAAGGACAAGCUCUUCUACAACUUCCUCAAGCCCUGGCUGGGGGACGGGCUGCUGCUGAGCCACGGGCGCAAGUGGGUCCGGCACCGGCGCCUGCUGACGCCGGCUUUUCACCCCGACAUCCUCAAGUCCUACAUGGGCAUCUUCAACCAGAGCACAGAAAUCAUGCAUGCCAAGUGGCGGCGGGCACCGGUGGUGCUGGACGUCUUUGAGCCCCUGGCCCUGCUCACCCUUGACACCCUCCAGAAAUGCAUCUUCAGCCAUGACAGUCACUGCCAGGAGCGGCCCAGCAAGUACAUCGCAGUCUCGGCUGACGGCCGCCGCUUCGCCCGCGCUUGCUCCACCGUGCACGCCUUCACCGCUGCCGUGGUGCAGCGCCGGCGCCGGGACCUCGAGCGCCUGGGCCACCAGGCCUGGCUGGAGGGCCACCAGGGCCGGAGCAUGGACUUCAUCGACCUCCUGCUGCUUGCCAAGGACGAGGACGGCAGGGACCUGUCAGACGAGGACAUCUCAGCUGAGGCCGACACGUUCAUGUUCGAGGGCCAUGACACCACAGCCAGUGGCCUGACACAGCUGCUCUACAACCUGGCCUGCCACCCUCACCACCAGGAGCGGUGCCGCCAAGAGGUCCGGGAGCUCCUCAAGGACAGGGACGUGGAGGAAAUCGAAUGGGAAGAUUUGUCCCACCUGCCCUUCACCACCAUGUGCAUCAAGGAGAGCCUCCGGCUGCACCCGCCAGUCACUGCCGUGUCACGACGCUGCACCAAGGACAUCACGCUGCAUGACGGCCACGUCGUCCCCAGCGGGACCACCUGCCUGCUGAGCAUCUAUGGGACACACCACAACCCAGCUGUCUGGCCCGAGCCCCAGGUCUUCGACCCGCUGCGUCCGGAGAACAUGCAGGGACGGUCCCCGCUGGCCUUCGUCCCCUUCUCUGCUGGGCCCAGGUAAGCCCCAUGGGGGACACACGUGUCCCCAUGUCCCCUCCCAGGUGCGUGGGGGGUGACUUAGUCACCCCUGCGCCGAGCUGGGGUUUUGCGAAGGCCACGCUGGCCCAGCCCCACGUUUCCACGAGGCUCCACCAUCCGCUGCAUCACCCCCAGCAUCACGUCACCCCGUGGCCUGCUGUCCCAUGUCACCCACUGGGGACACUGCCAUGAGUGCCUCAACCCCUUUGGGUGGCCACCAGCUAAGCUUAGAGAGAGCUUAGACACAUCCGUGUCCGUGAGCAUCCCCGCCACGGCGGUGGUGUGACUCCGCGGUAACG